AGGUCCGCUGUUAGUACUGCUAUUCCGUCAUUACGGCGAGCGGAGAUGCUGCAAGGGGUAGGCCGAUGGGCCGAUGCCCCAGGGGCGGUAUGGAGCGUCUCGGACCACCCAAACCAUAUCGGACCAGACUACUAGGCAUUCAGCACUAACACCACAACGCAAACAUGGCCAUGGCCACCGUGGUCUUGCUCGGCACGUUCGACACCAAACUCGAUGAGCUGCUGUUCCUGCGCGAGCAGAUCCUCGCGACGCCUGGCGUCUCAGUCACCGUGAUCGACGCCGGCCGACACAAUGUUCAGCACGACGCCAUCACGAUCAGCCAAGCCGACCUCGUAGCACAGCACGGGGACGGCGGGCACACGCAACCAACAGACCUUGCGCGCGGGCAACUGAUCGCGUUCAUGGCGGGGUGCGCGACGCGGGCCGUCGCAGCGCUGCACGGCGCCGGGGCGGUGCACGGCAUGGUGUCGGCGGGCGGGUCGGGGGCGACGGCGCUGGCGACGCCCGCGAUGCGCGCCGCGCUGCCCAUCGGCUGCCCCAAGCUGAUGGUGUCGACGGUCGCGAGCGGCGACACGGCGCCCUACGUCGGCGAGACGGACCUGACCAUGAUGUACUCGGUCGUCGACGUCGCCGGGCUCAACGGCGUGCUGCGCGACAUCCUCAGCAACGCCGCUGCUGCUAUUGCUGCUACUGCGCUGGGAUACGCUGCGCGUUGCCGGCAGAAAGCCCAAGCGGCUGCUGCUGCUGCUGCGGCGGCGGCGGCGGCGGCGACGGGGCAGAAAAGAAAGCAGCAGCGGGUGGGCAUCACCAUGUUCGGCGUGACGACGCCGGGCGCCGACGCGAUCCGGCGGCAUUUGACGGCGCGCUACGGGGUCGAGACGCUAGUGUUCCACGCGACGGGGGCAGGGGGGCGGGCGAUGGAGCGGCUGGUGCGGGAGGGGGCGCUGGACGCGGUGGCGGACCUGACGACGACGGAGCUGUGUGACCACGUGGCGGGCGGAGUGAUGAGCGCGGGGCCGGACCGGCUGUCGGCAGCGGCUGAGGCGGGGAUCCCGUGCCUGGUGUCGCUCGGCGCGACCGACAUGGCCAACUUCGGGCCGCGCGCGACGGUGCCCGAGCGGUACGGCGGGCGGCGGCUGCACGAGCACAACGCGGCCGUGACGCUGAUGCGCACGUCGCGCGACGAGGCGAGGCGCGUCGGCGACAUGGUGUGCGAGAAGCUGCGGCGCGCCAGGGACCCGCGCAUGGUGCAGGUCUGGAUCCCGCGGGGCGGCGUCAGCAUGAUCUCGACCCCGGGCGGCCCGUUCGAGGACAAGGAGGCCGACGCGGCGCUGUUCGAGGCCGUCGGGCAGGGGCUCGCGGGCAGCGGCGUCGAGGUUGUGCAGGACCAAAGGGACGUCAACGACGCCGGCUUUGCGCUAGACAUGGCUGAGGCGCUGGCAAAGCUGAUGGGCCUGCACACGGAAGACGUGAAGUAG